ACCAGCUGAGCUCGGGGCGCCAGGAAGCGAGCUCCCCGAGGGUGGACCUGAGCGGGCGCGCGGGCCGGUGGCGCACGUGGGGCCGGGGCUGCACGCGGCGGGGACGGCCGCGGCGGGCACGGGCCGGCCGGUCUCCUGUUCGGGGCGCCGCGGCCAGGUUUGGUUUGUGAGGAUUUGCCCGCGCGGGUGCACGCACGGCUCGUGUGCUUUAGUUCGCGGGCUCAGCGAUACGUUUCCGAAGGAAACAACCACUUUUGCAGGCAACCGGUGCUGCCGCCGGGACACCCGUCCCAGCGUCGGAGCGUCCAGGGGGGCCGGGGAGGGCGCAGCUGUCCCAAGUGGAGACGAAGCGUGUGCUCAGCCCGCCCGGCGGUGGCACCGUGGGGCUCCGGCAGUGAUGGGCACAGAGGCUGGGACUUCCUGCACAGCCCUGGUCCCGCCCCUCCUGUCCGUCUCCGUGGAUCCCACCGGAUGGCUGCCUGCUGUCCAGGGCUGAUUCCCUGGCCCUGCCAGUGCUGGACCAACGUCCCAACCCAGUCAACCCUAAGAAAGGCUGUGCCGUCGGAGGCGGCUCCUGGAGAGAGGUCCGGGAGGAGUUAAAGAGCACACGGCGGGCACGGACAGACGGACAGACGCAGUGGCAGCAGGCGGGUGGCGCUGAACCAGCCCGGCCUCGUGACAGGCCCCCUUGCCCACACCCGCACCAGGAGGCGGCUCCCCUCGGAACAGCUUCUGUCCAGUGAGGGACGCGGAACCCGCCCUCCUGGCCAUGGGAGGGGCCGUGGUGGACGAGGGCCCCACAGGUGUCAAGGCCCCUGAUGGGGGCUGGGGCUGGGCCGUCCUCCUGGGCUGCUUCGUCAUCACAGGCUUCUCCUACGCCUUCCCCAAGGCGGUCAGCGUCUUCUUCAAGGAGCUCAUGCUCGAGUUUGGUAUCGGGUACAGUGACACGGCCUGGAUCUCCUCCAUCCUGCUGGCCAUGCUGUACGGCACAGGCCCGCUCUGCAGCGUGUGCGUGAAUCGCUUCGGCUGCCGGCCGGUCAUGCUGGUGGGCGGCCUCCUGGCGUCCCUGGGCAUGGUGGCCGCCUCCUUCUGCAGGAGCGUCAUUGAGCUGUACCUCACCACGGGCGUCCUGACCGGCUUGGGUUUGGCGCUCAACUUCCAGCCCUCGCUCAUCAUGCUCAACCGUUACUUCAGCAAGCGGCGCCCCAUGGCCAACGGGCUGGCGGCGGCAGGCAGCCCCGUGUUCCUGUGCGCCCUGUCCCCGCUGGGGCAGCUGCUGCAGGACCAGUACGGCUGGCGUGGCGGCUUCCUCAUCCUGGGCGGCCUGCUGCUCAACUGCUGCGCGUGUGCCGCGCUCAUGCGGCCCCUGGAGGCGCCCCGGGCGGGGGCGGGGGGGCCGGGGCCCGGGCCCCAGAGGCCAGCCAGGCGGCUGCUGGACCUGAGCGUCUUCAGGGACCGCGGCUUCGUCAUCUACGCGGCGGCCGCCUCCAUCAUGGUGCUGGGGCUCUUCGUGCCGCCGGUGUUCGUGGUGAGCUACGCCAAGGACCUGGGCGUGCCGGACACGCGGGCCGCCUUCCUGCUGACCGUGCUGGGCUUCGUGGACAUCUUCGCCCGCCCAGCCGCCGGCUUCAUCGCGGGGCUCCCCAAGGUGCGCCCCUACUCCGUCUACCUCUUCAGCUUCGCCAUGUUCUUCAACGGGUUCACAGACCUCACGGGCUCCACGGCCAGCGACUACGGGGGCCUGGCCGUCUUCUGCGUCUUCUUCGGCAUCUCCUACGGCAUGGUGGGCGCCCUGCAGUUCGAGGUGCUCAUGGCCAUCGUGGGCACCAACACCUUCUCCAGCGCCAUCGGCCUCGUGCUGCUGCUGGAGGCCAUUGCCGUGCUCAUCGGGCCCCCGUCCGGAGGCCGCCUCCUGGACGCCACGCACGUCUACCAGUACGUGUUCAUCCUGGCCGGGGCCGAGGUGCUGGCCGCCUCCCUGGUGCUGCUGCUGGGCAACUUCUUCUGCAUCGGGAGGAAGCCCGCGGGGGCCGCCAAGGAGGGCGAGAGCCCCAAGCCCCCUGCAGACGACAGGGACAGGGUGGACUCAAGGGAGGUGGAGCACUUCCUGAAGGCGGAGCCCGAGAAGAAAGGGGAGGUGGCUCACACCCCGGAAACCAGCGUCUGA